AUGGAUGUUACCACACUAUCGCCAAGGUCAUCGGAACAUCAAUCUUCCAUCUCUAAUAUGAUUUCACGUCUUCUUUCUAAGAAAAAGAAGAACCCAAAGCGACGAGACGAGCAAGCAGAGCAAGAGCAAGAGCAAGAUACUAGACCACAACUCAUCCAUGCACCCGUUCCCCUCGUCCUCCCCGAACACCAAGACACAUUACUGAAACUUGGAUGGACCACGAUCACAUUCCCAGGAACUUCACCAACAACUCAAUCCCCAGACUCCCUCUCUAGCAUCCCACCACCAGGGCCACAUCCACUCCAAAUCGCCUACCAAGACCUCUUCUCUGCCGGCCAAGCUUUCUUCAACCUUGCCGACUCCGAAAAGCACCAAUGGAAACACCGUCUCGGCUCUGAAGAAGGAUGGUCCAAGAUCCCCGGCGAAAAAGAAUUCAUCACCCUCCGCUCGCUGGCAUAUUGUCCCGAGAUCUUACGCGCUCCUGCCCAACGGUACUGGGAACUUGUCGGAAAACACUGCUCGAGUACCCUAGGUCGCAUAUCCACGGCGCUUGGGCUUCCUGAUGGCGAAAAUGAGGGUCUGCGUCAAUUCGUGGGGCCGUGUGCGCGGAUGCCCGUGGAAGAAGAGGGCAAGACGGCGACGAUGUUGAGGCUGUUUAGGUAUGAGGGGUGGGAAGAGAAGGUUGUUGCUGAGGCGCAUGCGGAUUUGGGGUUAAUUAGCGUGGUUGUAGGCGAUACGCCUGGUCUGGAAGUUUGGGAUGGGGCCGACUGGUUUGAUGUGGAGAGGGAAGUAGAAAGGAAGGGCGGAAAGGGGGCUACGAUGCUGAUCGGACGCCAGUUAGAGAGGUUGACGAAUGAGAGGCUGAGAGCGGGUGGGCAUAGAGUUGUUGCGUAUAGGGAAACCCGGAAUAUGUCUUCUGAGGGUGGGGUAGAUGGUGUGGAGAAGAGGUAUCGACACUCGAUUGUUUUUGUGCUACGCGCUCACGAGAGUACGCAAAUCGAUUCGGAUGCGCUUGAGACUCGUAUUACGGGGAGGUGGAGGCAGCCGAUGAAGGGGGUUACUGCUGGUACGCUGUAUGAGAUGAUUAGGAGUCAGUGCUUCAAUAUUAAUGUGGAGAAGGAAGAGAGAGAUGCACAGAGGAGGAAGCUGGCUGAGGCGAAAGAGGUGCGAUAA